GAGCAAUCUUCGAGCUUUCUGACCUGCUACCACGACCACGACCACGACCACGACCACCGCGCACCCACUUCAUGGCGGUAUAGCUGCAGCUCCACGACAGCAGGUACUUCCUUUUACGAUUGUGCGCCUUCGCCGCCUGUGCGCGAUCCAUAUGCUGUCUUAAGUUGCGGUACCCUAACCGUGCCUAUGCAUUCUCAGCCUCAUCAGCCUUGGUCAACUGAGGACCUGUAGGCAGCCUUCCCAGCAUCCUGUGCCAGGCCGAUCAGUCUUACUCCCGCGUCAAAGUUUACUCAUAUUGCUGCUCGUUUUGCAGCGCCCAACGUCAAGCUUCAACGAUUUUCAAGACAGAUGGCGACUGCAACUCAACUGAUGCCUUCUCAACCUUCUCCAACCCAUCCGGGCAUAAACAAGUCCGCGUUCUCGCCUUUCACUGAUUCACCAUCGAGCCCUGCGCCAUUCACACAAAGCUAUCGCUAUUCAAACCGCUCUUCUGGUACUGAUAAAUCCGAUUCGCUCCAUCCUCCAGCAAGUCCAUAUCCUGCCCACAUUGAGCCGUCUCCAGUGGAUAGUACCGGCACGAACUCUACAGAGAUCGAAGACGAUGAACAAGAACAAGAAGAGUUGUUAAAUGAUGAUGAUGAUGAGCUCGACUUCAAGUCUCCAAUCAUCGACUCAGAGCUCACAAGCCCAGCGAGCGCCGUAAGCGAUGGUAGCAGAGGACUCUUGAGACUCGACACAGCAGCUAGACCGCGAGCUGAUUCCGAGGAAGCCCCUGCAUCUGUCAUACAUGCCCCAGCUGGAUUCAAACAAUUUUCACCCCCAAACCGCAAUAGCGUGGCGUCACCAGCACCAACAGAUCUUUCAGAAAGUACAAUCGUUACCCCUGCUACACCUUUACACUCCACGAUUGCAGACGAUAGACGCGUUUCGGUCGACACAUCUGUCCCUCAAGCACCGGAAAGACCAACACCCAGAGCACAAACAAGGCAGGAAGCCGAACGAGAUGUCAAAAGAACCAGUCUAGCAAGCACAGGCGGACUUUAUAUAGACAUUCCCGAGACCGAGGAUCUCGGCCGGAACGAGGAUGGCGAGGAUGAUAACAUACCAACUAUGCGAGAAGUGCUACGUGAAAUCAAAGACAAUCACAUGGAGGUUGAGGCGCUUCAAACUGCUCUGAGCGAGUGUUGGACCUUAUGCAAUACAUUGGCCGGUCUUAGCUCCAACCACCGUGAACGGAUGUUCAACUUUUCCGGAAAAGGCGAAGCACAAGAGCAAGCUUGGCGAACCUGUUGGAAGCUAUGUCAACGGCUGUAUGAGAGCCGCAACGAGGACCACGCCAGCCAGGUCAAACCGACGCUGGAACUUUGCCGUGACUUCUGCCAGGCUCUAUUUGAGGUUAGGCUACGCGGUGAUGAGGUCGCAGAUUCGGUGCUACGCGUAAGCUUUGAGCUCAACAAUCAUCUAUACAACACGCACGACCGCAAUCUUCCGGAAGCAUUCCGUGAACGGACUCUCGACUUCUACCUGACCCUCUGUCACCGUCUUAUGAAGCAACGAACCUCUCUACCCCAGGAGACUGACGCACUGAUGCGUGCGUGUUGGGGUCUAGCGGAGAUGCUCUUUAGCCUGCGUCAGAACAAUCGUGAUGGCAAACCUGCUGACGAGGAAUUGCUUGGGUCUGCCGUCCAAGCUUGUUGGGAGCUGUGUGACCUCUUCCGAGAAGGCUGGACACAAGUCCGUCCUGACCGUGGCACCCCGAGACCCUCCGUCACCACGUUCCCCUCCUCCAUUUCGGAGUCUAGCAACUCGGCACAUUCUUCGCGCAGCGGUACGUACGGCACUCCACGCUCCGUUCCCGAAACACCUACCACCAUAUAUGAUGACCGGGACGAGAUGUCACCUGACGAACCAAUCCCCAAUAUUCUAGUGCUUGGUCCGGAAAGCGGGAAUACCCAAACGUACACCCGCUGGUCCUCUAACUCGUCCAAUCUUUCCACAUACUCGGAGGCCUCGCAGCGCUCGUCCUCGACCGCCACGGCCGGUCGCGAAGAUGCACAUCUGGUACGUCUCAAAACGCUGCUCAUUCGAGCUGCCAUGAACGUUGGAUACGCACGCAACAGCGUCCAAACCCUGCAUCAAUUCGUCAAAGCCAUGCCAACCAAUUCCUUCGGAACAGCACCCUGGCAGACCAAGCUCGUCUCGCAUUACAGGAAACUCGUCCUCUCAGAUCCCACCUUGCGGAACAUAAACAGUGUCCCGCCUAAGCGCGUCACAGCAGAGGAGGUUGCGAUUACGAUGCAACGAAUGGGGCGUGAACCGAGAUACAGCUGGGUGCGAGACCUGUUUACCAUGGUAUUCAAGUUUCCGCCCGAUGAGGCGCAGAGCCGCGAGCCAACGUCGAUCACGGCCUGA